AUGCAGGCGGCGGUGGCAGCGCUGCUCUGGGCCGGCCUGGCCGCCCGCCCGGGGCUGCUGCCGUCGGCGGCUCCGGGGCCCCGGCGUCCCCCGCGUCCCCCGCGUCCCCCGUCCCCGUCGCCGUCGCCGUCGCUGGGGCACCUGCGGCGCCCGGGGGCCGAGCUCUGCCAGGGCUACUACGACGUGAUGGGCCAGUACGACGCCGCCUUCAACUGCUCCACCGGCGCCUUCCGCUUCUGCUGCGGCACCUGCCACUACCGCUUCUGCUGCGAGCACCGCGCCCGGCGCCUGGAGCAGGCGCGCUGCACCAACGUGGAGACGCCGCGCUGGGCCGCCACGCCGGCCCCCGCCUCCCCCGGCCCCCCCGGCCCCGGCGCCGGCGCCCGCCCCGCGCCCGCCCGCCCCGGCAGCACCGUCUACGUGGUCUGCGGCGUCGUCACCUUCGCCCUGGCCGCCGGCGUGGCUCUGCGCGUCGCCUUCGGCAAGGCCUCGCGCCGGCCCCGCGCCCGCGACAUCAACGUGCCCAGGGCGCUGGUGGACAUCCUGCGGCACCAGGCGGGGGGCAGCGAGCGCCCCGAGCGCCGCAGCAGCGCGGCCCUGGGCCCCGGCCCCCCCGACAACGGCCCCGCGCGGCCCCCCAAGGGCCUCUACGGCCCCGCCAAGGCCUGCAAGGGCCCCCACGAGAACUUGCACAACUACCUGCACCUGGACGUGGGCAGCCCCGAGCACCACGCGGCCACGCUGGACUGGCGGGUGCCGCCGGGGCCGCGGGCCGGAGGCCUGAGCUGCUCCCGCUCCUUCCACAACCUCUCGCUGCUGCCGCCCUCGUACGAGAGCGCCGUGCGCGCCGAGCUCGCCCGCUACGCCUCGCUCAAGCGCCUCGCGGAGCAGGAGCAGGCCUGGGAGGCGCCGCGGGGGACGCUGCCGCUGCCGGGGGGCCGGGCCGGCCCGGGGGGGCCGCCGCGCCGCGUGGCCUCCCAGGAGCUGCUGCUGGCGGCGGCGGGGGGGGGCACCGUGCCGCGGGCCCGGGGGGCGGCGCGGCCCCCCCGCCCUCGCCCCGCCGCCCCCCGCCCCGCGCCGCCUCCCAGGGCAGCCUGGCGCCCACCGGCACCCCCCUGCCCCCCCGCCGCCCCGGCUGAUGAUGUCACAGCUCUGCACUUGGUGGCUGAUGACGUCACACCGUUCAGCUCGGCGGCUGGUGACGUCACAGCCUUGGCUCAGCGGCUGACGGCGUCACCUCUGCACUCAGCAGCCAGCAAUGUCACAGGCUUGGACUCAGCGGCUGAUGAUGUCACGGCCUUGGAUUCAGCAGCUGACGAUGUCACGGCAUCCAGCUCGGCAGCUAAUGACAUCACAGCCUUGGAUUCAGCAGCUGAUGAUGUCGCGGCCUCGGACUUGUCAGGUGACGACGUCAGCCGUGGGCUCGGCAGCCGGCGAUGUCACAGCUUUGGGCUCGACAACUGA